GUGACAGUAGUAAACUGUGGCACGUAAUAAGAAUUUAAAAACAAAUUUUUCAUCUAAAUUUAUUUGUGUCAAAAAAUCAUCAAUCGCUGCUCAAAUUCUCUUCCUAUAUCAACUGAUGUUCUAUCCACGACAAUAACCACCGACUAAACGUUCCAGAAUGGGUCAAGUUAAAAGCCAAUUCACCGAGGAGGAAUUACAAGACUACGAAGAUCUGACAUACUUCACCAAAAAGGAAAUUCUCUAUGCCCACAAAAAGUUCAAAAGUCUCGCCCCAGAAAAAGUAGGACAUAAUAAAAACGCUCGUCUGUCGAUGAACAAGAUUCUCCAGUAUCCGGAGCUGAGGGUUAAUCCAUUCGGCGAUCGGAUCUGCAAAGUAUUUAGUUCUAACAAUGGGGAGGUUUCGUUUGAGGACUUUCUCGAUAUGAUGUCUGUGUUUUCGGAUGCGGCCCCUAAAUCAGUCAAGGCGGAGCAUGCCUUCAGGAUAUUUGAUUUUGAUGGCGAUGAUAUGAUUGGUAAAAGUGAUCUCAAGCAGGUGAUACAAAGAUUGACGGGGUACAAUAACGCUCUCAGUGAUGGUGAUAUCGAACAACUGAUAACGAACAUACUGGAAGAAGCCGAUUUGGAUGAUGACGGAGCGCUUUCUUUCGCCGAGUUUGAGCAUAUUAUUGACAAGUCCUCCGAUUUUACAAACUCCUUUCGCAUUCGGUUGUAAAUGUGUAUCGCAAAUAUCCAUCAACUUUAGUUCCAAAAAAUCAGCAAUCUCUUUUCACUUGGAUAGUGAAACAUCUCAUUAGAAAAUGUACUCGAAUAUUUAGAAAAUUGUUUUAUUACUGUCCAUUGUGUAAUGUGUUAUUUUAAAUAAAUGCUAAUAUUUUGCGUAAAUGCCAUUUUCUAAGGCUGUAAAUAA